CUACCUAUCGAACGUUAUUCUAUCAACAAAAAUGACGACAAAGUCACAGAACUAGUAAUGGAAAAAACUACGUAGGUAUAUUUUUUACAUACAGUUUGAAUUGCUUUGUUUGAAAAAAUAAAUGUAGGUACGAGUAGUUUAAUUUCGUGUGAGUUGGUAGGUACCUAAUUUCGUAGAAACCAUGAAUCUUACAACAAUUUUGUCAUUUAUGACAUCUUUAAUUGGGAUCGUUCACGGGACCGGAGAUUACAUCGGACUUUCAGGAAUUGAACGUUUAAUUAACGACGAGCAAUAUUCGUCAUUUCGCAAAUGCCAAGCUUUUGGGGUGAAAAUGCACGAAGCUAUGAUGGCCAAUAAAUCCAUGAUGGGUACACCAUCUCGAACCAUUACAGAAAAAAGCGUCUCUUUUUUAUUAUUCACGCAGACAACGCCUGGAAACCAAAAAAUUUUAAUAUCUGACAAUAUGAAUGAAACGCUCUCAGGGUCAGAUUUCAAUAUCUCGAGAGAAACAGUCAUUUACGUUCAUGGUUUACACGAAACAUGGCAUCUAGGAGGAUUGUCAUUUGUCAACAUUCUAUUAAGCAGAAAAGAUAUCAACUUGAUCAUCACAAAUUGGGAUUCUUACGCUUUUUCAACAUUCAUGUACUCGAGAAAUGUGACAACUCCUAUACUGAGCCAGAUUAUUGGAAAAUUCGUGCAGAAAUUAAUCGAUUUCGGAACCGACAGCAAAAAGAUCCAUUUGAUAGGUCAUAGUGCAGGAGGUCAAGCUGUUGCUUUAGCUGCUAAAAUGGUUACCCCGAAAGUUGGAAGGAUUACAGCUUACGACCCUCAAGGCAGUUGCUUUAGUUUUUUACCUCCUGAUCAAAGAAUCUCCAAAGAGGAUGCCGAUUACGUAGAAAUCGUUCAUUGCACUGUUGGUUCACAUGGCAUGCCAUUGAAUAUAACAGGUGACUCAACCUUUUACAUGAAUGGAGGUCUUCUACAACCGUACUGUCGUCAUCAGCCAGUCCCUUUGAUGGCUGGCUGUAGUCAUAUGUUGUGCGAAGUGUAUCUUUAUUUAUCGUUGCUGAAUAAAAGUCCAUUGAAAGGAUACAAAUGCGAUAGUUACCAAGAUUAUCUGAACAAUCAAUGCGAUUUUAAUGAUACGGUCAUUUUAACUUACGAUGUCCCAACGAACAUCACUGGAAUGUAUUUUGUAAACACAAUGGCGUAAAAAGUCCAACAAUAAGAAGGUAUCAUAGGAAAAUUAUUAAAAUAAUAUAUAUAUGUACCUAUUUCUCAAGUAAUUCCUUCUUCCUCUUUUGAAUGAUCUUAGCCUGCUUGGUUUAUUAUUCCUUAAUGAAAGUAGGUAUUUCUUUAACAAUUUAUUAUUAUGAUUUUUUUUUAUGUGUAACUUGGAGAUAAAAAUUCUGCUGAAUUUUUCUGUUUCGUGUUGAUUUUAAAACUUCAAAUUAAUAUUUUCAUCAACUCUCACUGAUGAUUCAGAGCUCGAGUUUUCGCUCUGUAGCUGCUCAAAGCAGUUAAGAAUUUAUUUGAGUUCUUGAAAAGAAUAAUGUACAUUAUCUUUGAACUCGCAAAUUACAAUAAUGUGUUGAUCUUUGCCCAUGCGUAUACAUAUGUAUUCAUGAGUAUACAGGGGCAGGUUAGGCAACUUAAUUUACACGUUCGGAACAAAUACCCACUCGAAUUGAGACUAAUGAACUGCUCGAAGAAAAAUUCUACGAAACACAUGAAAAGAUCGAUACCGAAAAUUGAAAUACGUGCAUGAGAUUGAACAAAAUCCAAAAUGAUUUCCUUAUUGUUCAGUUGCAGAUUAUUAAACGAUUACCUAGGUACUCGAGUAUUUUAUUAUUUCAUUCCUAAUUUAUCAUUGUAACCUUAUGUAUUGAAAAAUAAACACAUUCUCAGUGAAAUACCUACACACACCUAAUUUUUUCUCGAGAAUCAUCGACUUCGUCAGAAAUAUCUUGCACAAAGUAAACAUCUUUGUAUCGUGAUAUAAUCCGUGAUACCAUAUACCUCAUGCACCUAGAUGAAAAACAUCAGUAAUGCUUAAAACUCAAACCAGAUAAGUAUAAACUCUGCGAUAAUGUUUCGUUUAACGUUAUUUUUUUUGUGCAUGAUUUUUUUGAAAUCAAACGAAGCUGAUAAAUUGAGUAGAGCUCAAACACAAGCUAUUAUUGAUAUUCAAGGUAUUACAUCAUUCAAGGUGUGUCAAACUAAAGGUAAACUUAUAAAUGCAGCCCUUCAUAUGAAAAUCAAAUUAGAAAACGUACCCAAGAAUCAUAUUUCCCAAGAAAACGUCACUUUUUUACUUUUCACUCA